UGUUCUCACAGCUGCGAUGAUAUUCAAAUUCCUCUUGUUUUCUGGAGUCUGGAUUGUUGCUUCAGGCUCUGUGCAGGUAAUACCAAGCAAAGUCCAAUCCACUAAAGAAGGAAAAAAUGCUACUUUCCUCUGCCACCUGAUUUCAAAGCAUGAUGUGCUUCAAGUCACCUGGCAAAAAGAGAAUGGGAAGAAAGAAAACAACAUAGCAACCUAUAGCAAGAUAAAUGGUCACAAGAUCCUGGAUAACUAUGCUGGCCACAUAAACUUUACCCAGCGCGAGUUAAAAGUCUCUGCCAUCACCUUUCAUGCAGUCACCAUGCAAGAUGAGGGAUGCUACAAAUGCAUCUUCAACACAUUUCCCAUGGGGUCCAUUUUUGGAAGGAUGUGUCUCAAGGUCUACGCAAUAUCAGAACCCAGAGUGGAGGCCAAGCUUGUGUCCAACCCUGACAAUGCUGGGGAGAAGCUGCUGGAGAUGAGUUGCUCAGUAACAGGGAAACCAACCCCAAAGGUCUCCUGGAUCCUGUCCAGCCACCUUCAGCAGAAACCAAGAGAGUAUUUUAUCAAACAUGCUAACCAGACUGUGACUGCUAUAAGCAGUUUCACACAUGUCCCCUCCGAGAUACUCUUGGAGGAAUCUCUCGUCUGUGAGAUCCAACAUCCAUCUCUGAACAUUACCCUAGCCCUGCCCAAGGACAGUUUGAAACAGAGCCAAGGUCUUCAUGAACCAAAGGUUAGAGACAUACCCAUCUAUGUGUCCAUUGCUUUGGUUCUCUUGCUUCUUCUUGGCUACUUCUGCCUGUGCUGGAGACGGCAACAUCGAACAAAAGAAAAUCAAGAUCUGUGCUGGGUACUUCCCAUCAGCACCAGAGAUAAGAAGUCUAUAUGGUACACAGACCAUGGUCAGCCAUGCCCUACCACACCUUCUGCCUCUAAAGAUUUACUAGAUAGCUGACUGCUUGCUGUGUAUAAUAUAGGAGAACUUUGCCUAUCUAUAGUGAAGUAGGAGCAUUCACCCAUAAUUUGACUUUUCCUGGGACUUUUGUGUUGUUCACACUCCAUUACUACAUUUUUUAUGAAGAAAGAGGCAAAAUGAGAUGUUUUAAAUAUCUAUUUAUUUUUAUACAUGGACCAAUACAUUCAAUUUUAUAUAGAAAUGAAGUUAUUUAUUAAAUUUUAGUUGCACAGCCACAUACAAUAAAAGGCAAGAUUUGUAUUUUCUAUAAUCUUUUUAUUAAGACUUCUUGGUUAUUGCUUCUUGCUACCCUUUUU